UGCUGGCGGGAGUUAGCUAGGAAAAGUGGGAUAUACAGCAGUCCACACGCAAAAACCCGAAAGGCCAUGUGUGAAAGGGGAUCACAGAACCGUAGGUAGAGAGAGGCUGAAGAUGGAAGGGGACGAGCGUGGCUGGGAACCUCUGAUCUGAGGACUCUGCCCUUGACCCUCCGAGGAGGGCGGAGCCGGGACUAGAACGUGGAGCCCGGAAGUGACUGGGCCGGAUCAGUCCUGAGGUCGGGAACGCGGGUGCGAGGGGGGGAUGGGAGGCCUGGAGAGAGUGAGGUGGAGGCAGGGGUGAGCCUGGAGAUAUUUGGGAGGCAGAAUCCACAGGAACUGGAGUGUGAUGGAGAAAGGGAAGAGGAAUUGAGGUUCCCGGCUUGGGAGAAGUGGGGUCUGGGAGGAGAUGCGCUCAUGCCGGCUCUGCACAAAUUCAGUUUGAGGUCCUGUGUCAGACACACCUGAGAUGUCCAGGAGUCACCUGGCUGCCGUGUGUGCAGAUAGUCCCCGACUUACGAUUUUUGACUUUAUGAUGGUGUGAAAGCGACAGGCAUUCAACAGAAAACAUACUCUGAAUGUCGAAUUUUGAUUUCUUGCCGGUCUAGUGAUAUAUGCAUAGGAUCCUGUCCUAUGAUGCAUGGGCAGUGGCGGGGGGCCACAGCUGCCAGUAGGUAAAGCAGGAAUCGAAAUCUGGAUAACAGCAACUCGGAGGGGAUGAAUUGGGAACAGGAGUUUGUAAGAAUACCCUAAGAUAUUUUAAAUGUCUUGGGUUAGAGGAAGAAAAACAGACAAAAGGAAUCUCCUCUACGGAAGAAGCUGGGGUUUGGUAGAGAGACAUUCUCAGGUAGCUGAGGAGGAGGAGACAAACCCGAGCCUUAACCAAGCCUUCUGGAAUGCAGUGUUCAGGCACGUGCAGGAGGCCCGUGGGACCCCACGCUGCAGCUGAGCAGAGCGUGUGUGUAUGGUGCCAUUCACCUAGAGCAACCACAGCCUUCCAGUACUAAAAUGCUGGCAAAGACAGCCCGCCUGGAAUGUGUGGUGUCGGGAGUAACAAUUUCUGCAGUGCCCAUAUUUUGGUAUCAAGAAAGACCUAAUCAAAACAUAAAGGUUUUGGCAUUCAUUUUACCUAAUGGCACUGUCACAAGGGCAUCAGACAUUGCUCCAAACAAAUUUGAGGUGGACAGGGUGCCUGAAACAUCUACAUCUAUCUUCAUCAUUCACAACGUAGAGAAACAAGACUCAGCCACCUACUAUUGUGCCUCCUGGGACAUGCACACUGGGAGAAAUAGCAAGGUGUUUGGCCCCGGCACGACUCUCAUUGUCACAGAUCAAAACGUUGAUGAGGAUGUUUUCCCCAAGCCCACUAUUUUUCUUCCUUCACUUGCUGAAACACAUCUUCAUAAUGCUGGGACCUAUCUUUGUCUUCUUGAGAAUUUUUUCCCUGAUGUUAUUAAGGUAUAUUGGAAAGAAAAGAAUGGCGAUAAGAUUCUGGAAUCCCAGCAGGGCGAUACCAUGAAGACUGGUGACAGAUACAUGAAAUUUAGCUGGCUGACUGUGCCUGAAAAGUCACUGCAGAGAGAACACCUGUGUGUCGUCAAACACGAGAGUUAUACAGGAGCUGAUCACGAGAUUCUCUUUCCUCCAAUAAAGACAGCUAUCACCACCACUCCUUGUGGGAAAGAUGAACAUGACAUGCUGCGGCUGCAGCUCACAAGCAACUCUGCGUGCUACACUUACCUCCUCCUGCUGGUCAAGAGCGUGGUCUACUCUGCGGCCGCCGCCUUCUGUGUGAUCAGAAGGACAGGCGUCUGCUGCCCGGGGAAGAGCCCCUGACAGACGGUGGCACAGAGGGGUCAUCUUCCCUUCACUGUGUAUUGGCCCCCAAAGCAUCUGCUGAGGAUUCAGCUGGGCUUGCUUUCUGCGUUUGGGCUACUUCAGUUCCCAUAUAAUGUCAGUCUGGUACUGUCAUUUUUCAAACUUGUGGGAAACAGGAAACUUCAUCCCGUAACCACAGUGAGCUCCCAGGGCAGCCUUUAGCUCCACUCUCCCCACAGUCGACACCAGCACCUCCCGCCAACCCAGGUCAUGGCAGCCUCAGUGUAGACGGCACGCAGGUUCCAGCCUCACCCCUCGGUGCCCUGCAGCCAGAUCACUGCUGAAAUCCUUCCAUUUACACUCCCUGAAGCUGCUUUCUUUGCUACUUGAAUACUGUGCUUUGUUUUUCAUUAUAGGCGCAAUAAAUUUACACAA